AUGAGUCGAUCGGUUUCAGCCAUUUUGUUAGUUUUGGCAGUGGUCACAGUUUCAGCGCAACGUGAGUUUGGGUACUGUAGAUUUCAGAGGAGUACUGUAGAUUUCUAGAAUGCUUCUUGUGAAUUUUGCAAGCCUGGAGUACGGGAGUACUGUAGAUCUCUGGGAUAGUUCUUGUGACUUUUGGAAGGCUGGAGUACUGUAGAAUUCUGCUUCCGGGUUCAAAGGAACAUGAGGCAUAAGUACUGUAGAUUUCAGAGUACUGUGUUCCUGAGGUGUUUGAACUACUGUAGUUCCAUCAGAUUACUGUACCUGUAAACUUUUCAAGAAUUUGUUUCCAAAAUACUGUAGCUUCAAGUUUACUGUAUCUUGUGUACUGUAGAUCACAGAGUACUGUAGAAAUAUAUUUUUACUAACUACGCUACAGUACUCAAAGCCUGACGAGAGUACUGUAGUUUUCGAUUUCGCUUUGUUACUCAAUUUUAUCUUCUCGAGUACUGUGUCUCGGAAUUACUGUAGCUAUAUUUCGGAGAGUACUGUAUAUGAUGCUCAAGUCUAGAGUACUGUAGACUCUGGAUCACAAAACCAAGUGGCCAAAUGUUUUUUUUUCAAAAAAUUAACUAAAUACUGGGUUACUGUAGUAUAUGGCGCCUUGAUUACGGUAGCAAUAUAUCACAGCUUUUAAAAUUUUCAAACUGGUACAGUAACCCAAGACUACUGUAGUCCACAUUUAUCCUUUUACUCUAAAAGCAUUUUCCAAUUAUUUUUACGACUCAAAAUCCACUCCUCCUCCAUUAAAAAUGAGUAAGCCUAAGACUACAGUAAGAUUUUAAUGUGCACAUUUUUUUGACGUCAGAGUUUUCAAAAAUUAGAGUCAGCUUCAUCAUUUCCGCCUCAAGGAACCACAAAAAUUGAUCCGAGAGUAAUUUGAAACUAAUGUAGCCAUCUUUUGGCUUGCGCUAAUCCCGCGGUGCUCAAAAAAGGGCAGCUCAACUGACAAAGAAUAUUAUUCAUUUUCUGAAGAGAAGGGACCAUUGAAAUUUGAUCUAUGAAUUUAUAUUUUGCAAUUUCAGGUGCUCGAGACGAUCAACAAAUAAAACGAAACGACUAUUCGCGCGACAUUAUGUCGUUUGGAAAACGAAGUGCUUCUGCCAAUAACGAAAACCCCAACGGGUUUUAUGAUCGCAAUAUUUUGUCGUUCGGAAAGAGACAUCCACAAAAUGUAAGGGAAAGGAAAAGUUGCGGGGUGGAAUUGAACCAGCGAUGUAAAAGUUGAAAGUUUAGAAACUUACCGACUACACCAUUCAGGCUUCUGGGCUUUUUGGGAUUCAUUUUAGCCCAAAUUUUGAGCUGAAUCUGAAAAUUUAGAUGAAAAGUUUUGAAUCUUCAUGUUCAGCCUAAUUUUUGUUCUAGAAUUUCCCGGGAUUUCUCAAGAUCCAGAGAACAAUUCUAUCAAUGUUAAUCAUUCUAGAUUAUUUUCCGAUUUUUCUGAAAUUCAGAAAGCCAUUUUCAACUUUCUAAGGACUUCUGAAAAAUUUACCGGGCUUUUAAAAUUCAAAAAAUUAUCAGAACCUUCUGGAUGAAGUUUUAGAUCUUCUUGAACAAACUUAGAAAAAUUUACAGAAUUUAAUUCUAGAAAAUUUGAAAAAUUUUAUCCGAGAAUUCAGUGAUUUUCUGAAAAAAUUUGAAAUUUUGAACAAAAAAUUUCAGGAAUUUUUAAUGUUCAGAAAUUAAAUUCAGAUCAAGCCUGUAAAUUUCCAAAAAUUCAAAAUGAAUCUUCAGAAAAAGUUCUCAAACUCAAAAGUUAAGCUAAUAUUCUAACCUUAAAGACAUUAAGGAUGUUAAAAACCUAAUUUUAAAGUUUAUUUAAAUUUCAGUGCAGGAAUAGCUUCAGAAGAACUUCAACUUAACUUUAAAUUUUUACAAAAAAAACCAAAACCCUAAAAACCUUAGCUCUAACCUUAGGUUCAACAAAAAUUCUCAAAAUCACUCUGAACCCUUCCAAAUUUCCAGUACUACGACCGCGACAUUCUCUCCUUCGGAAAACGUUCCGCUUCCGCUUCCGCAUUCGACAGAGACAUCAUGGCCUUCGGCAAACGCGCCUCCAACAACUUCGACAGAGACAUCAUGGCGUUCGGAAAACGUGGCGAUUUCGACAGAGACAUCAUGGCUUUCGGCAAACGCGAUCCUUAUGAAUACGAACGUUCGAUCUUGAGCUUCGGAAGACGGAAAUAA